AUGCAAAAGGUGGGGGCCGCCGCCCGGAGGGCCUCUGACACAGCCCUCAUUCCACACAGGUCGAGGGGCAUUACCAAAUUUGCUCAGUGUGUGGGCUCCUUUACCGUAGAAGACUUGGGGCUUCAGGAAAAAAUGUCGAUGGUCCAGCAGCAGCUAUGGGCCUUGAAGGAUUGCUCCAGGAGAAGAGCUGUGAUCCUAAAAUUCAGUCUCCAGGGUCUCAGGAUCUACAGUACCGAGGGGGAGACUCUGCUGAUGCCUCAUGCCCUGAAGCGGAACUUCUACUCCACCUGGUACAUCGCUGAAUGCCAGUUUGCUUUCAUUUCCCAGAACCCUCGGAGCCCUGCCAGCAAGCUCUUCUGUCACUUGUUUGUGGGCAGCCAGCCUGGAGAGGUCCAGAUCUUACAUCUGCUGCUUUGCCGUUCCUUUCAGCUGUCUUACCUCUUGCAACACCCUGAGGAUCAGGCCCAACCUGGGCCAGGGCCACCUGCAGAGGAGCCCCCCAAGCCACUUCCCAGCCCUGGCGGUACUGUUGGGAUGGUCAGGGAGCCCUUUGGCCGGGAUUAGGUCUCUCAAAAUGUCCAUGCCCUAGUGUCCUUCCGUAGGCUGCCAGCCCCAGCCGAUGGCCCAGCAGGCAACACAAAGGAAAUAUCGGAGGCAGAAGGUCGAGGGGCUACCUGUCACUCACGCCUGGGGAACCCUUUCUGUCCCCCAACCCUUGUGAGAAAGAAGGCAAUUCGAAGCAAGGUGAUCUGCUCGGGGGCUUACCGCUGCUGUACCUGUGAGACCCAGCUGCAGCAGUCUGCCCGGGAAGCCUUUCCAAGUGCCUGGGAGAGUUGGGCCCAGGGGGCCAGUGGCCUGGUUUGCCUGGUGGAGAGAGAGGGAAGCCUGACCAAGAAUAUCUGGGCCUUCACUGGCUUCUCUAGGGUUGGGGCACUCUCCCUGCUCUGAAGAGAUGUCCUGGGGGCCUUUCUGCUGUGGCCUGAGCCUGGACCCAGAGGCCAGUGGUGCCUGUCAGUGAAGACACCGUGUGGCGUGGUCCCCCAUCAGGUCUUCAGGACCCACUUGGGCAGGUUCAGUGUGGAGCAUCUGCCCACAGAGUUCCCCAGACUGGAAGCCUUGGUGGAGCACCACUCAGGAGCUGAACGUAGCCUUUUUUGUCCACUGGAUAUGGCACACCUGAACCCCUGCUAUGAGGCACAGGACUGUGGGCCCGGCCAACCUACGUGGCGCCGUAGCCACCCCAAGCAUGAACCCGGGCAGCAAGAACUGGGUUAA